GAUUUGAUUUUCCCGCAGCCGGGGCGCCCCAGAGCCGAAGCCCGAGCUGAGGAGGUGGCGCUGGCAGCCGCGUUCCAGCCCGGUAGCCGCUGGCGCCGAGACCCAGGGAGAGGCGGCGCAGCCCCGGCGCUCCGGGCUCCGCGCUGCCCGCGCCCCGCCACCCCCGCCGCCAGCGCCCCAUCCGGCGCCUUCCACCCCCCACGCCCCUCUCCCUGUCUCCUGCAUCCCCCUCUACCCCUGCCUACAGACGCGCGUCCCUCUCCCGCUGCCCCUCUCCACGACUCCGUGCUUCCCUCCCGGCGACCUCUCCCCGCGCCCCUCUCCCCGCGCCUCUCUCCCAGUGCCCCUCUCCGCCUUCCCCGCUGUGCCCCCUCUCCCUGGGCUCCUCGCCCUUCCCCGCCGGGCCCCUAGCCUCCUCGCGGCGUCACCCGAGCCCCCUCCUCGAUCCGCGGCCCCCGCUCCCUCCGCCCUCUUCCCUCUCUCACUUCCCACGCCCCCACUUCGCGCUCCUCUCUCCUCCCCUUGCCGCCCAGCCCUGGCUCUGGAGUUGGGGGAGAGCCCAGGGCUCCAGUCGCUCCGGAGGAGGCUUGAAUCGCGCAGGGAUUGACAAAUUUGGGGUGGGGGUGCGGUGGGCGAUGGAGCAGCCUGAGGACAUGGCGUCGCUGAGCGAGUUCGACUCCUUGGCGGGCAGCAUCCCGGCCACCAAGGUGGAGAUCACCGUGUCCUGCAGGAACCUCUUGGACAAAGACAUGUUUUCCAAGUCUGACCCACUGUGCGUCAUGUAUACCCAAGGGAUGGAGAACAAGCAGUGGCGGGAGUUCGGGCGCACAGAAGUCAUCGACAACACGCUCAAUCCCGACUUCGUGCGCAAGUUCAUCGUGGAUUACUUCUUUGAGGAGAAGCAGAACCUCCGUUUUGAUCUAUACGACGUUGACUCUAAGAGUCCUGAUUUAUCCAAACACGAUUUCCUGGGCCAGGCCUUCUGCACGCUUGGAGAGAUUGUAGGGUCCCCUGGGAGCCGCCUGGAGAAGCCUCUCACGAUAGGCGCAUUCAGCCUGAAUUCCAGGACGGGCAAACCCAUGCCAGCCGUGUCCAAUGGUGGAGUCCCAGGGAAGAAAUGUGGCACCAUCAUCCUGUCCGCUGAGGAGCUCAGCAACUGUAGGGAUGUCGCCACCAUGCAGUUCUGUGCCAACAAGCUGGACAAGAAAGACUUCUUUGGGAAAUCUGACCCCUUCUUGGUAUUCUACAGAAGCAACGAGGAUGGAACGUUCACCAUUUGCCACAAGACCGAGGUCAUGAAGAACACCCUAAACCCAGUCUGGCAAACUUUCUCCAUUCCCGUGAGAGCCCUCUGCAACGGCGACUAUGAUCGGACCAUCAAGGUGGAGGUGUACGACUGGGAUCGGGAUGGCAGCCAUGACUUCAUUGGAGAGUUCACCACUAGUUACCGGGAGCUGGCCCGUGGGCAGAGCCAAUUCAACAUCUAUGAGGUGGUAAACCCGAAAAAGAAAAUGAAGAAAAAGAAAUACGUGAAUUCUGGCACAGUCACCCUGCUUUCCUUUGCUGUGGAGUCAGAAUGCACCUUCCUUGACUACAUCAAAGGAGGGACCCAGAUCAACUUCACUGUGGCCAUUGAUUUCACCGCCUCCAAUGGAAACCCCUCGCAGUCCACGUCCCUGCACUACAUGAGCCCCUACCAGCUGAACGCCUACGCGCUGGCGCUCACCGCCGUCGGAGAGAUCAUCCAGCACUAUGACAGCGACAAGAUGUUCCCGGCCCUGGGCUUCGGGGCCAAGCUGCCCCCGGACGGCAGGGUGUCCCACGAGUUCCCGCUGAAUGGCAACCAGGAGAACCCCUCGUGCUGUGGCAUCGACGGCAUCCUGGAGGCCUACCACCGCAGCCUGCGCACCGUGCAGCUCUACGGCCCCACCAACUUCGCCCCCGUGGUCACCCACGUGGCCAGGAACGCAGCGGCCGUGCAGGAUGGCUCCCAGUACUCCGUGCUGCUCAUCAUCACCGACGGGGUCAUCUCGGACAUGGCGCAGACCAAGGAGGCCAUCGUCAACGCUGCCAAGCUCCCCAUGUCCAUCAUUAUCGUCGGCGUGGGCCAGGCAGAGUUCGAUGCCAUGGUGGAGCUCGAUGGCGACGACGUGCGGAUCUCCUCCCGGGGGAAGCUGGCUGAACGCGACAUUGUCCAGUUUGUGCCCUUCCGGGACUACGUGGACCGCACAGGCAACCACGUGCUGAGCAUGGCCCGCCUGGCCCGAGACGUGCUGGCAGAGAUCCCCGACCAGCUGGUGUCCUACAUGAAGGCACAGGGCAUCCGCCCUCGCCCCCCACCCGCCGCACCUACCCACUCGCCCACACAGUCCCCAGCCCGCACACCCCCUGCUUCCCCUCUGCACACGCACAUCUGAACCUGGUCUCAGCAGGCAGGUGGCUGGGGCCUGUGAGAGACCAGGCCAACAGGAGGCCUGGCCCCCAGACUCCCCGCAGUGGGCCUGCCCAGCCUUUGGGACAUCUGUGUGCCUGGGAGACUGCCAGGGGGUGGGGCUUCUGGAGACCCCUCCUCAAUUUCCUGGCCUCACUUACUGCCCAAACCCAAGGAAUUGCUGGGUAUGGGUGACAGAGGGGUCCACAGGGUUCAGGGACCCAGCUCUUCUCUUCUUCCCCAGUAUCUGGCUCAAGCCCAGCCAGGAAGGUAUAAACAAUCAGGGUGAUUGGGGUCCCCGUCACCCACCCCCAGCCAUCCUGUUUGCUUACCUGUCACCCUGAAGCCUGGGCUCGGCCGCCUCCAGCCCCCCAUCUACUUCCCAUCCUCCCAUAGCAUCUCCUCCAAUCCCUGACCCCUGCCCUGUGGUCUGCCUUUGCCCGAUUUCCAGUGAGCCCCAGGAGGCUGAUGACGGGUUUGCAGGAAGGCCUGAGCAUGUGCCCCCUCCCGGGGACACUGGAUGCAUCAGGAGCCCUGGGGACCCAUGGGGUGCUGUAGUCAUGGACCGUAGGCCACGUGAUGGGCCUGAAGUGGAGGCUGCUCAGCACAGAGCCCUUUCUGGUGCCUCUCGAGCUCAGUACGAUGCAGGUUCUAGACACACAGAUCCACAGGCCUCUCCCUGGUGUGGGCCCACAGGCACUUCCAUGGUUGACUCCUGGCUUCAGGAAUCCCUUCCUCCCUGCGGAGGCUUCCCAGGGCCCUCGGUGCCCACACCUCUGCCCACCUGGAGGCCUGGGCAAGGAGUGGCUCACUAUGAGGCUAGUGAGACAGGAAUCCUGUCUCAUGAGGCCAUCCCAUGAGGCUAGGAGACAACAGUCCCGGGUUGGAGCCCUGCCUCCCUCCGCUGCCUAAUGUGGGAACCCCAGCAAGGCCCUUCUACCUUUUGGGCCUCAGUUCCCAUGUCUGUAUAACAAGAGGAUUGACCAGAUGGCCCCAGGUUUUCCUUUAGGUCUGACGUCCUGAGGGUCAUUCAUCCCAUGCCCAUGUCCUCCCAUCCCACUCCUAACAAUGCAACCCUUUACACGAGGCCACCUUGGCUCUUGGGUCACCCUGUUCCAUCCCAUCACCCCAAAUGCACCCUAGUCCUUCAGCCUUGGGCUCUGGCAUCUGAGCCCAAGCUCCUGCCCCUGCUGUGGGAAAGGUGGGGAAGAAGGGACCCUCCCUCCUGGGCCCACCCAGCCGCCCAGCCUUUGCCCACUCAGGCAGCAGGUCAUGCAUGCCAGUCCCCGUUGCCGCAUGGAGCUCCUCAGCCCUCUGCCCUCUCCGCGCGUGGUGGAGACGAGGCCCCCGUCUUCCGCCUGCCUCCGCUUUCCCCUGUCACGCAUGGUGGUGGUGUUCCUAUGGUGUCUGGUUCUGUGCCCGUCUCUGAGACAGUCUCUGUGUGGAAUUUGCCUUAAACUAAAGCAAAUUUGGUUCUUUUAGUAAAGCA